CGCGACGUUUGUGAGUCACCGGCGCAGCGCGCCCGCCGAGGAGCAGGUGCCGGCCGGGCUGGGCCGCGGGGCGGCGGGCCCACCGAUGAGGCUUUGCCGAGCCAACCCCCCGGGAAAGGUAAAGGGCCGCCGGCCCGCGUCUCCGGAGCGGGCCGCACCUGCGGGAGCUGGGGGUGCUGGGCGCCCCCCUCCUGCGCCUGAGUCCCGGUGACCGUGCCUCGGGAACCCUUUCUGCCAUAGAAAUAUACGGUUCAGGGAAAUGGAGUCGCCCAGGUCUUCAUUCUGAGCCAAAGAAGGCAACUGAAGAAGAACGCAUGCAUUGCCCAAGAGUCAGUCAAUCACGUCCAAUUAACUGUCCAUAUAUUCCAGGUGAGGAGCAAAUGGGGUGCACCCACUCAGGCCCAAAGCCUAAGCAAAGGUCGGUGGACAGUCUUUCCUCUAAGUCUGCAGAGGGCCGCUUUCGGAAGGAAGGGGCCGCCACGCAGCAGGUGCCGGCACGUGGAGUCAAAGGUACGACCCACCCAAAAGGGGACAGAGCCCAGGUUGCAGCUUCAGGGAGAACGUCCGUGCACAGUUCUGUUUCCAACCUCACCUGUUUCUUUGUCCUGAACCACGAAUCUAGUCCCUGUGCUUUGGCCGCACACAGACGCCGUCUGCUUCGCUGCAGACUUACUGAAUACCUGGAUGUUUCCUUCCUUCCAGAGAAACGUGGGGCAAAGGCAACGUCAGGCAGGAGCAAAGUUGUCAUUCCACAGAUCGUCAUCACUUCGGCCUCAGAUGAGACUCUCACCUGUUCCAUCGGGAGCCAAGAGCAGAGGACCAUUCACGAGGAGAUGGAAUGGGGCCCCUACGCCCGACACAGGAAUCCCAGCACAAUAGACGCCUAUGCUUUACAGACUAAAGAAUAAACGACCACCUGAGUCGCUGUCCUUAUUCACUGUGCUCUGAGCUCAGCCGUGAUGGCAGAAGGGCUGCCCUGCCCUGUGGAAAGCUGCAGGUGCCCCUUCGGGAGAUGACAAUCUCCCUGCCCCGCCCGUGACUACCAUGGUCUCACCUUCCCCAGGGCUGCUGGCAGCUUGGCUGAGGGCAAGAGUGACUUAAAUUAGUUUGAAUAAAUCAUCCCCGCCCCCCGUUGGAAAUGGCUGGCUGUGCAGUGAUAGACAGCAGGUGGCACCUCUCCCUUCGGUUCAACUCCCUCCCACCCACUCUGAAGGAGCAUGGGCUGUGUGGUGAGAUGUCCCCGCACGUGGAAAGGUGGGGCUCUGAGCACUCAACCUGAAGGUGUCGCAUUCCAUGGAGGGCUCAAGGGCUCCCCGCCUGGCUGCUCCAGGGCAUUAAGCAUCCAAAAGGAGAAUGUGGAAGGGGGUGGGGGGCAGCCGUGCAUGUGGAACCUUGGAAGUGGCCCUGUCACAGCUGCCCGGGAAGAGGACAGCUGAGCUGGCACUGCCCAUCUUUUUGGCUGUGAGGGCUCCCUAUGGGGACGGGCCACCCGGGGGACCCCUCAACUGUCCC